GGAAAAUGGAAAGGAAACCAAAGACCUGCUUUCAUGAUUACAAAACAAAAGAAAGCAAAGUUUGCAAAAAUAAAAUAAACCCACGGCACCAAACCAUCACCUAGAAAUUUGGUUCAUAAAGUAAACAUAUAUAUAUGUAUGUAUAAUCAUUUGGUGUGAAAGCCUAGCAGCAGUGAGGCAUUUUAGGAGAUGGGAAGAACAGGGGCAAGGUUGCCAGGUUUCUGUCUAAACAGGAUUAGGCCUCAUGUUAGAGUGAAGUCUCCUCCAAUUCAAGCCAAGCCUAAUCUGGAUUCUUCUAAAACUGAUCAAAAAGAUGAAAUUAGUGGCAACAUUGGGGAAGAUAAAUCCAGAAAUGGAGAAAAAACUGGGUUUUUAAUUGGAAGGAAAAUCAUGAUCGUGGUUGAUUCCAGCAUCGAAGCAAAGGGAGCUUUACAAUGGGCACUUUCUCACACCGUUCAGUGUCACGACACUCUUGUUCUUCUUCAUGUCACAAAGCCUUCAAAACAAGUGCCAAAUACAAAUGAAGAUCACGACAAGAACAGAGCCCCAAGGGCAUGUGAACCUGUUUCCUCGCUCAAAAACAUGUGCAAACAGAAGAGACCUGAGGUUGAAGUAGAGGUGGCAGUGGUGGAGGGGAAAGAGAAAGGUCGAACAAUAGUGGAAGAAGCUAAAAAACAAGGAGUGGCACUUCUGGUUUUGGGACAAAAAAAGAAGUCGAUGACAUGGCGUCUGGUAAUGAUGUGGGCAGGCAGUCGAAUGACAGGUGGAGUAGUGGAAUACUGUAUCCAAAAUGCUACCUGCAUGGCUGUUGGAGUCAGAAGGAAAAGCAAAAAACUUGGGGGUUAUUUGAUCACCACUAAACGCCACAAGGAUUUCUGGCUCUUGGCUUGAAAACUAAACUGCUGCUUUAUUUUUUAUUAUUAUUGGAAUAUCUUUCUAAUUUCAUUGUUUGUAUAUAAUAUUAUUUUGAAGUUCUGUUAAUUCAUAGUUAUUUAAAGAUAUGUGUCCUAAAGCUGUCAUGUAAAUAAAAGUAUAUUGACAAAAGGAGAAGGGGGGCCGUUGGUGUGGGUGGAAAAAGUUUGUGUUGUGUAAUUAUUCAUGGCCACGGAAAUUAUGGGUAAAGGGAAAGACAAUUGAGUCCCUUUACAACUUCAAGGUUUGCCCGAUUGGGGAAAAAUCCAUCAUCGAUUUGAGUUGUAAAAUUAAGUUUAGUUUUUAUAAUAAAUUUGGAACCUUCUCGAA